AUGGCGGAACCGCAGGUAGCCUACGCCCAGGAUGAGUACGGCAAUCCGUUUAUUGUAGUGCGCGAGCAGGGGAAGAAGACACGCGCCCAGGGCACGCAGGCCAUCAAGGACCACAUCCAGGCCGCACGCACCGUGUCCAACAUCCUGCGCACGUCGCUCGGCCCCCGUGGCCUCGACAAAAUUCUCAUUAGCCCGGACGGCGACAUCCAGGUGACGAACGACGGCGCAACGAUUAUGAGCAACAUGGAGCUAGAGCACCAGAUUGCCAAGCUUCUUGUGCAGCUGUCCAAGAGCCAGGACGACGAGAUUGGCGAUGGUACCACCGGCGUGGUCGUUCUCGCGGGCGCGCUCCUCGAGCAGUCCGAGGCGCUCAUCGACCGUGGAAUUCACCCUAUCCGCAUUGCCGACGGUUUCGAGCGCGCCUGUGAUAUUGCAGUCGCCGCCCUCGAGAAAGUGGCCGACGUGGUUGAGUUUGACCGCGAGCAUAUCGAAGAGCUGCUCAAGGUCGCCAAAACCAGUCUCGGCAGCAAAAUCGUGUCCAAGGCCUCGGACAAGUUUGCGCGGAUCGCCACGGAUGCUGUGCUUUCAGUCGCCGACUUGGAGCGCAAGGACGUCGACUUUGACCUGAUCAAGGUCGACGGCAAAGUAGGCGGCUCGCUGGAGGAUUCGGCCCUGGUCCAGGGUGUCGUGAUCGACAAGGACUUUUCGCAUCCCCAGAUGCCGCGUGAGAUCCACGACGCGCGGAUCGCGAUCCUGACAUGCCCGCUCGAGCCACCGCGCCCUAAGACGAAGCACAAGCUAGACAUUACAUCAGUCGAAGAGUACAAGCGCCUGGAAGAGUACGAGCGCUCGACAUUCGAAAGUAUGAUCCAGAAAAUCAAAGACUGCGGUGCCAACCUCGUGGUGUGCCAGUGGGGCUUUGACGAUGAGGCCAACCACUUGCUGCUGCUGCAUGCGCUGCCCGCCGUGCGCUGGGUCGGUGGCCCCGAGCUCGAGCUGAUUGCGAUUGCGACCAACGGUCGCAUCGUACCGCGCUUUGAGGACUUGAGCGCCGACAAACUUGGCCGCGCGGGCGUUGUGCGCGAGGUCAGCUUCGGUACAACACGCGACCGCAUGUUGGUGAUUGAGGAGUGCGCCAACUCGCGCGCAGUGACGGCGUUCCUGCGCGGCUCGAACAAGAUGAUCAUCGACGAGGCCAAGCGCGCACUCCAUGAUGCCAUGUGCGUAGUGCGCAGCCUCGUCAAGGACAACCGUGUCGUGUACGGAGGCGGUGCAGCCGAGGUGUGUGCGUCAAUUGCCGUGUCGCAGUGCGCCGAUGAAAUUGCGACCAUUGAGCAGUACGCGAUGCGCGCAUUUGCCUCGGCGCUCGAUGCGAUCCCCCUCGCUCUUGCAGAGAACAGCGGGCUGGCCCCCAUCGAAAACCUCGCGAUGGUGAAGAGUCGGCAAGUGAACGAAAAGGAUGCCCGCUACGGUAUCGACUGCAUGGCUACAGGUAACAACAACAUGAAAGAGUGUCGCGUAUUCGACCCACUGGUGUCCAAGCGCCAGCAACUCCUCCUGGCUGCGCAGCUCGUGCGUGCCGUGCUGAAAAUCGACGAUGUGAUUGAACAGCACGCGCUGGAAGCAGAGAUGUAG